AUGUCCUCCACGGAGCCUUGCGCAGUGUGCCUGCAGCCUUGGCAAGUGGUGCUCGGCACGACCGCUCAGGACGACUUCCAGCCCGAAAGCUCGCGUCACGCGGUCCUCCGCCAUAAGCUGCAACGCAACGAUGUCACCUUCCUCGCUGGCAGGGAGCCACGCGAUAGCAUCACCGUUCAGGCAAGCUUCGAUCAGGUCUGCGUUCUCUCACGCGACCAGCGUUUCGACCAGGCUCUUCCAUUCUGGCACGCCUUCUCAGGCUCUCAAAACGCCGACCAACCCAUCUCCUGCACCGCUGUCGGACUCUCUGCCGAGCGCGAUCACAUCUUCGUCGCCGCUGCAACAGACCACAGAAUAGCGGUAUGGUCUGCCCCAGCUAUGUCAUCUACGCUGUCGCGCAAGUGGAAGGUGCAUUCGACACUGACCGUCAACGAGGGCGUCGUCACCACGCUUGAUAUCAAUCGUGGUCAGCUUCUAACAGGGACCACCUCUAGCCUCGCUCUCUGGAGGCUCGACUCUUCCGAUAUCCCAAUAUGGAAACGCUUUUGGAACUUAUCAGUUCCCGCGCCUGUCAGCGUCGCUCGACUGUCUCCGGAUGCGACCACCAUUGCCGCCGUUGCUCGAGGCGGCCAGUACAUUCUGUUGUGGCAAUAUCAGCCGAGAUCGACCAAGCCACCAGUCUUGCAACAGCAUCUCUACCAUCCACGUCCCGUCACGAGUCUCGCAUGGAGACAUCCGCCAGAACUCAAUAGUCAAGCUGACGUCCUGAUCUCGCACGCUUCCGACGGCGUCGCUCGCAUGUGGGCGCCGGUCAUAGACGAACCCACACAGCUGCGAUUGUGGUGCAGCGUCCAGGGGACUCACUCGUCGGCGUUCUCAGACACCACAGCCACCUUUUACCUCGAUGCAUACGUGCUGUCUGCAGCGCUACGCGCUAACAUCGGUGUUCUGCAGAGGGAGAUUCAGAUGGCCGAAUUGGGCGUUGGAAGCUCAACUGAGCUGGAUGUGCACAGGCUUGAACUUGACAUGGACCUCCGUCGAACCAGGCUGCGACGGCUCGAGCAAUUGGUCAACGAAACGCCAGACAUGUUUGUUUCGUUGGAACAAGACAGGUUUCUCAAUGUGACCGCCGUCGCCAACGUCGAUCGACGCCCGCCCACCCUUUUGCAGGCGCUAACAGUGCUACGCAUCCCGUUCGGAUCCGCCGAAGACGUCAAAGGCAUUGUCGGGGUUCAGAUUCUGCCACUUCACGUCGCUCCGGACGCUUCAAGCACCGAUCCAAUGUUGAUGCUGCAUGUGCAGCUCCGCUGUGGUUCGUCGACAGCAUACGCCAUCAACCCCGCCACCUUCUUCGAUGGUCGAGGUCUCGGAAUUCGACCGGAUGAUUGCCAUCCGUGCGGCCCAUCAGCUUCUCGUCACCCUUCAGCAGAAAGCCGGCGCCGGCAUACAGAUCGGGUUGAGUCCUUGCAGAGAUCAGGCGAUGGAAAGGUGCUUUUGAGCUCCUCGACUGGAGAGUCAAUAGCUUGGCUAUCAGACGCCUCGCCAAAGCGACCGAUGGGCAGCCUACGCUGGCAGAGUUCUUUAUCUUCGUCUCCCCUCGUAGCUGUCUCGUGGGACGGCUUGCUCACGGCCCAAGUAGGCAGCGAUGGAGUCGGAGAGGUUCGUAUGGCAUCAGGUGGAGCCGCCACGCCCUUCAAUUGCGAUGACGACGUCCAGCACCUCACUUUCAGCCACUUCGUUGGCGUCGAUGUCCUUAUCGCCGUGAUUGCAUCUGGCGCAGUGCAUUCAUGGGCCGUAGCGAUGGCCAACGAAGUCCGCAUCAUACCAUGUCAAAUGUCGCGUCUAUGGUCUGACGUUGGCACAGACCGUCGCUUGACGCUGGUGGAUUCGAUAUCAGGCUCUCCGGCUGAGCCGGGCAAAGGCCUCCACCUCGUUUUUGCCGACACUUUGGGCCGCUUCGAAGCAAUGCACGCAACGCGUGAUACUCGAGGUCAGCUUCGAUGGACCGCCGUCGCGUUGUUGCGCGAAUCAUCCGGAAUCCCUCAGCGGGUACGCUGCAAUGUCGAUGGCCUCUUUGCCGCAGUGACACGCGACGAUCAGGGGACAGAAACGUUGGUGAUUUUCGACCUUAAGACCAGCUCGUUCAGUUCAGGCGAGGAGCACAGGCAGUCCUUUGGAGCCGAGGAGAGUGUUGUCGGCUUGGACUGGUCACCAUCGCCGCUGUCGAGCAACAUGCUCGCUGUCGCCUUUCAUCACCACGUCGACAUCGUCGCUCCCAGGCGGUUCUCACCUUACGAGGCCCAUGACGCGACGACAGGAUCGCAGUGGCAGCUGCUCGUGCGCCUGGACCUUCGCAGCUGCACUUCAAGCGCGAUUCGCGCUGCUUGCUGGAUAGGCUCGGAGCAACUCGUCAUCGCCUCCGGCUCUCUCCUCUUCCUGUACGGUCCCUUUGUCCAGCCUAGCUCGCAGGUUGCGGGCGAGCCGAAAAAGGUGCACUUGGCCGAGCUCGUUGCUGAAGUUGGGGGACCCGUAGUGCAGUAUCACCCAGCCUUCCUGCUCCAAUGCGCAAUUUGGGGAAAGAUGGAAGUGGCAAUGGCGGUCAUCAGCAAUCUAGAGAAUGCGGUUCUCGCCUAUGACGGGCAAGACACUGGCGACUCAUGGGCGUUCCAAGAGGUCCCUCUCGAUGCUGUGCUACUGCACGACUCCGCGGCAGGAAAUGGACGGACGAGGUCAGCUCUGCCCUCUCGGCAUACUGUCGAUGGCAGUAUCUUUGACGAGCUCGAUCGCUCCGACGAUGCAGAUGAUUCGGGCCUCUUUGGCCUUGACAGGAUCGACAGCCUCGCUCAGCGCAUCCGAGAUGUUCAGCCUCCGCACCUGUCUCCGUCAGACCUCGAUGUGCUUGUCAAUCUUGUCAAGAGCAUCGGAGAAGUAGCUCGUGAACACCGAAGCUUGGACCCUUCCGGUCUGCGAUACACACUCGCCCUUCGGCAGAUGCUUAACCGCACAGAUAUGUCAAAGCAAGCGAAGAACGCACCAAGCAUCGAGCUCACCUACCGCGACUACCUUUGGGCUUUCCACAGCGACAAUCAGGAGACGCUGCUGGCUUAUGUCGAAUCCGCUUAUCCAAACAAGUUGGAUUGGCGUGCAGCUCGAUCGGCCGGCCUUUUCACAUGGCUCAAGAACCCGUCAGCACUGCGCACACAAGCAGAGGCGGUGGCCAGGGCACAGUUCAUGUCGAGCGAGGAUCGCGAUCCGGUCAAAUGUUCGCUGCUCUAUUCUGCACUCGGUAAGCGCAAAGUCGUGCAGGGUCUGUGGCGACAAGCCGUCUGGCACCCUGAGCAGAAGAAGAUGCUGCAAUUUCUGUCGCACGACUUUGACGAGCAACGUUGGAAGACGGCUGCUCAAAAGAACGCCUUCGCUCUGCUCAGCCAACGACGCUAUGAGUUUGCUGCCUCGUUCUUCAUGUUGGGAGAAAGUCUGCGCGAUGCUGUCAACGUCUGCGUGCGAAACUUGGACGACCUGCCUCUCGCCAUCGCCCUAGCGAGAAUCAAGGAAGGUUGCGAUGACGGGCCCGUGUUGACGGAUCUGCUAAAGACGCGAGUGCUGCCUCUUGCCUUCGAGAGGGGCGACCGUUGGAUGGGCAGUUGGGCAUUCUGGAUGCUCAAGCGCCGGGAUCUGGCGGUACGCAUCAUUGUUACUCCCCUGCGAGACUUGAUCGCCGACAAGGAUGUUGCCAGCCUACUCGGCUCUACUCUGACGUGCGGGAACGACAGCUACGGCGAUCCUGCAUUAGCGUUGCUGUUUCAGCAGUUGCGAUCCAAAUCGCUCCAAACCAUCAAGGGUCUUUAUGACAUUCCCGAGAAAAAAGUAUUUGACUUUGUUCUCAAUACCAACAGAGCGUUGUGCCGCAUGGGUUGCCAUUCGAUCGGGCUCAGUCUUCUACGGAAUUGGCAGUUCGAGCCGCCAUCGAUGUCGAGUGCUUCGACGCUGUUCCAUCGAGUGUCGAGGCACGAUCUCGAGACGCUGUCAAGGGUCGACGAGACGGUGUUGUCGGAAAGCACCGACGCGUUCAGCGAGCUGCGUCUGCACGAUGACAGCGGAAGAGGUCCGAAAAGCCCAACGAUUCGUCGCCGCACCUCGCAAAGCACAAUCUCGCCGCCGAGCAGCCCGAGGAUGCAUCGACGCCGUAGCAGCUUGAUCAGACGCAGGUCGAGUAUCAUCAACGAUCUCGAUAUCGGUGCGGCGCUGUCUUCGCAGAGUGGCAAGCAGGAAGGCAAGAACGAACUCCUCACAUCUGAGGCCGGUGCUCCAAAGUCAGACGCGCAGGUGCAGGCAGAGCGUGGGCACGGCGAUUCUCUCACUGCAGAACCGUCGAGCUUCACUGAGGCGAACGGGCAUUCUGAGGAGAAGGAAAAAAGCGAGAUGGCCUCUGCGCCGAAAAAGCAAGGAAUCAGCAUCUUCAAGAGCGCGGCUGCCAGCAACAGCCAACAGGGAGCACAAGAGUUUGAUUUUGGCAGCUUCGGCUUUUGA